AGACUUCUCCUGCAAGCAAUAAAGUGGCCGCGCGCGUGACACAUCCAAAAGCUCCGGCGCGACCGCCUACUACUCUUCCCUUCCCCAUUCGCCAAGGCCGAAUCCUCGCCGUCCCCCCGCAUCCGGCCACCGCACCGCAGCGACACGAUGGUGACCGACGCCGCCGCGAUGGCCGUAGUGCGGGCGGCGCGCCCGGCCCUCCGCGGCGCCCACGACGGCGUCGCCUUCGCCGCCCACGCCACCUUCCUCGCCGCCGGGUACUCGCUCUGCGCCGUCGGCCCCUCCGCGCUCACCGACCCCCCGCCCUCAGGUGAGGAGGAAGUGGGGAUCGAUGGUUGGAAUAGCAUGGAGAACUGCUACGCCUUUCUGUAUACCAAGGAGGAGAAUGCCAAGAAGAAACGGGUAUUAGUGAAAUGUCUGGUGAUCGGUGACUUACUUGCCAUUGAUGUCCUGGAUCUUGAGGCACAACAUGAGGGCCCGUACAAUAUCCAGAUCAAUGUGAAAGAUUUCUUCUCCGAAGAGCAUCCCAAGAAUUAUGGGGAUAUGUACAAGAAUUUUGCAGGCCUCAUUGAGACUGUGAACUCAAAUGUGUUGUCCAAAUUGGAUGGGAAGGAUGCUGGUGCUGCGGCUGCCAAGAACCCUGAUGCUGAGAGCAGUUCAUCAAUACACAACUCCGAAAAUCCAGGCCCAAGAACUACUGAACCUUCAGGGUAUCCAGGUCCAAGAACUAUUGAACCUUCAGGGUAUCCAGGUCCAAGAACUAUUGAACCUUCAGGCCUAGUUUAUCCUCCAAUAGCUCCGCUUGGUUCUGAUGAUCUCUACCCUGCUCCUGGUGCUGGCUUCUACCCUCAUAGUGGUAUUGGGAGCGGUGGCAGCAUGCAUGUUGGUCCAAAUGAUCCACGCUUCUUUCCUUCUAAUCCCUUUCCUGCCCCAUUUGGUGGCCCUGGGAGUGUUCCACCAGGUGGACGCUAUGAUCCAAUUGGCCCGCCUGAUGUUCCAGGGUUUGAACCAUCUCGCUUUGUUAGACGUGCAAGGCGUCCUGGCGGGAGCACUCACCCGGACCUUGAGUUCUUCCAGCAAGGGCCAGACUUCUGAGACUCAGAGGCCGACUUCUUCCCUACCCUCUCGAAAUAACAUGGCUUUGUUUGCCAUCCCCAGCUUGAGAGUGCUUUGAGUGACUUAACAGCUAUAUCGCAAAUAGUUACCGGGCUCUGCCUGUAAAGAUGGAUGUGAAACUUUCUAGAUUCACCCUUGGUUCGAUACUGUCCUCUGUCGCAAUCUUAAUGUAUAAUUGUACAUAUAUCUAGCCAUUUCCCUACUA